CAAAGCUUCACGAGGUCAUAAACAUUUCCCACCACCCUGUUCAAUCCGCCUUUGCGACAUCUCACACACAAGAUGUUAAUCUCUUUGACUGUGGGCAAGGUCGAUGCCGGGGUCGCUGUGCUGUUGACACAGGACAAACGCCUUAUCGAGUUCCCAUCCAUCCUACUACCUCCACACAUCUCAUCUGGUAGCAUCGUCGACAUCACCGUUGCCCGCAACUUCGAAUCCGAGAGCGAGUCUCAAGACUCAUUCAGCCACCUUCAAGAUUCGAUCUUCCGCUCCUUUGGCGAGUCCGAGCCAUCAGCACCUGUCCUGCGCUGUCGCAAUGCCACACAAACAUCCAUCGUCCUCGAGUGGGACCCAGUUCAGCUUGCGACCGCCGAUGUUAUCAGCCUGAGCCUAUUCCGCAAUGGCCAGAAGGCAGGCAACAUUCCUCAGCCCACAACCAUGGAAAGCACGAAAAUAAGCGGCCUUGCUGUCGACACCGAGUACACAUUCCAUCUUGUGCUUAGAACUACCGCCGGCACAUUCGCGAGCGACAGACUCACGGUCAGAACCCACAAGAUGACCGACCUCAGCGGCAUCACCGUCACACCAGGCAUUCUGCCAGCGCAACUCAGGGAGAGCCUCGUCGCUGCUGUUGAGCGGAUAGGGGGUAAGCUCGCGGAUACCGUUAGAAUCGAUACUACCCAUUUUGUGACUACGGAGGGCAGAGGCAUUACUUGGGAGAAGGCCGUGGAGAUGAAUAUCCCUGUUGUGAGGCCAGAGUGGGUAGAGGGCUGCGAAAGGGGCGGCAGGAUCGUGGGUGUCAGGCAAUACUAUCUCGAUGCGGACCCGAGGCAGAGGAUGGCUAAUUUGGGGCCUGCGGCUGGACAGCAAGCCACGCCAGCUGAGCCUGCUUCGGCGAAGGAUGAGGCUCCUCUCCCAGCUCUCCCUAACAACAACAGAAAGGAGCAGGCGAAUGGUGAUGAAGCAUCCGAAGCCGGCCAAACGAACAACGAGAAGGAAGAAGACAGAGAUGAGGAGUCAGAGGAGGAUGACUCCGAGGAUAAGAAAGUAGAGGCGUUGGACGAGCAGAAGGUUAGGGUGGAAGAUAAUGAUCAGCACAAGGUUGCUCUCAGGCCAGCCGCGUCACCUGCGGAUGAAAAGGAGCCAAGCGUCGACAAGAACCCUGUUACCAAAAGCCCUUCCCUGGAGGUAGAUGCUGAUACGGAGGAGGGUGCGAAGACUCCUGGAGCUGCGAGCUUCCAGGAUGUUGCUCUUUAGAGGAUGGGUUAGUUAGAUUUGUAUUUAAUAGCGUGGUAUACCAGUUGUACGUUUAUAUCAAGCAAUUCAGCACCAAUGCGCGAAGGUA